AUGAAAAGCAAAGAAUUCAAGUACAGCGUGCAGUCAUUGUCCACUGCUCGCCAUAAUAGCCCGGUCAUCAUUCUAGUGACGCGCAACGAUGACUUGGUAAUGGCAGUCUGGUGUCUGGUGGAUGGUGAGGAUAGGGCUAAGGCUGAAGCCCACUUGAAGCAGCUGCUCAUCAAAUACAAUAUUGAUUGCGGGUUUUUGAUGGAUGCCGACAAGGCCGUGUUUUACUCGCUGUUUUACCUUCAGCCGUACGCUGAAGCAGUGGAGCUAAAGACAUAUCAAUAUCAUACCCAAGCCCUUGAGGUUGUGGAAUUGCUCUACGGAUUCACUAGACACAACAAUGUGCGACCGGAUGCAGAAUAG